AUGGCGAACUUCUUAGGACUCCCUCAAGAUGUGCUUCUCAAAGUUUUGUGUUAUCUGGGUGUAGAUGACAUUUUGCGUAUGGAGAGGACAUGCAAAUACAUGCGCGAAACCACGGCGAUGCAUUGUGUCUGGCUCACUAAAUCAAAUUGCCUUGAAUCUGCUUCUGCACCAGACCUGCCCAGGUACCUUUAUCCAGACGUUAUACCUUGCGAUCAGCUGCGCACAAUUGCCAUAAAGGCGGAACGCGCUUACUGGGAAUUGACCCGAUGUCCAUCCCCGGUGAUUGCAUACAAAUCUAUUUGGUCGGUCAGCCGAUCCUACCUGAGCAUGUUCGAAAGGGAAUCGAUAUACAAAAUCCGCUCCGUCAAGGCUGCCCCAGGAGGCCGGUAUCUUCUUGUGCUCUACGCUGGAUGCAUAUUUGAGGAACUGCAGCUACUUGACCUUGAAUACGAGGGCAAUUGUGUUUGGUCAUUCAAGUCUAUGACUGAAGCCAAAAAGCUCAGAAGCGAAGUAAACGUCGCAUGCUGCAAGCUCGAAGUCUUUUAUGAUUUUGAUGUUCAGCGAGAUGGCACCAUAGCUGUGGUUUUUGGUCUGGACAUGUUUGUAACGGAUAAUCAGAUGGUGUCCGAGUGGCGCAGUGUCCUGGAAUGUGUUCGGCUUACCAAAACCGACGUGCUUAGUAGUGCACUGGAAGAGACAUGCAUGGUGUCACUUGCAGAACCAGCAACGUUCGAGGGUUUGCGCAAUGUCGCUAACAGAAGCUAUAUCUCUAGCAGCACCGUCUUCUGUGGUGACUAUCGAUCCCAGUGCACUAUAAUGCAGCUUCAUGAACCUGGAAUCUUCGAACGGCCACGGAACGAGCAAUUUGCAAUUUUCAAGCCUAGAAUUGCCGUGCUCUCCAUUAUCACCAAGGCGAGAUAUUCCCGAGCCCGAGGAGUUCCGUUCACAGCAUUGAGAGCUAUCUUCGACCCCAGCCAGCCCAGAUCCUCCAGAUGGCGUUUGAUUAGCGAAAACCGGUCCGUGCCGUGCCCCACUAAAGCUGGGUUUCCAUGGUCUCGUAUCCAGGUGGCAUCGAACUCAUCUCGGUCAGGGCGACUCUUGGUCAAGGCGGGAAACACCGGCAAGAUACGAUAUGGCUUGAUUGCUAUUGACAAGCAAGGGAAUCUUGUGUUUGCGGAGCUGUCAAACGCAAUGAACCUUGCCACGGGCUCCGAGUUUUUUCACAACAAUUGCGUUUAUCCUUAUAGAAGGGAUAUGUUGUUGGACUAUAUGGAGCCUUACAGUGGAAUGCUGGUGGCAUUGACUAACAGAGGAUCAGAGAGUGAGACGAUCGAGCUUUUCUAUCCUGAGACAUUCAUAGCAGGUCAAUGUGUUGGUUGA